CAUUUGUUUUGCACACCCAAACACACACGAGUAGCGAUUCAGAGAAGUGUUCAAGUCAUGAUAACAGACGACGGGUUUUUAACGAAUGUAUAAAUAUAAAACAACCGAAGAGACUCGUCAGGACUGCAAUGGCUUUAGCUUUAGCCCGUUAGCAUGCGUUAGUUACUAACGUUAUAUGUGUGUGUUUAUAUAAACAGCACAAGAGCAACAUUGUGUUUUCAUCUUAGUUCUGAUGAAUAAGACGUUUGUGAUGAUUCUCGACGACUGAUGCUGAUAAAUAAACUGAAGAUGUGAAGUGUUGACUGGAUCUUCAGUGUUUGUUUAGAGCGUUGGAGAGAACAUCAUCCAGAGCUGCUUGACUUCAGAUGUCCAUGAUGGAGAAGAACGAGACGAGGCCAGGAUACUUCGCCAGACUGAAGAAGAGACGGCAGAUGAAACAGAGCCAAUCAGAGAAAGCGUUGGCUGAGCAGAUCCAAUCAGAUCCAGAGACAAAGACGCCAGUCAUCCGUGAACCUGCUUCUAUUGGACAAUCUCAGGGGGAGAAUCCAGAAACCAAGAGAGGCCAAAGGAAAGAUGACAACAGUAAAUCGUACAGUCAGAGCAAGAAAGAGAAGAGUAAACCAGCAGGGACUGUGGAGUAUAUGGUUGAAGCGAUGGACACACUGAACAGCAUUGCUCUGAAAUUCAACAACACUCCAAAUCAACUGGUGCAGUUAAACCGUCUGUAUUCACACAGUGUCGUACCUGGACAGACAUUGUUUGUUCCUGAUGUGGACCAAUCAGGGCGCGGCUCUCAGACGGACGACCUGAUCAACACAGACUCAUCUGAGAGGAAGCUGAAGUCGAGCAGUCGGCCCGUGAGGAGAGAGACGUCACCGGCGUCUGAAGACGAGAGUCUCGCCACCGUCAAAUUCAUCAAGAUGAGCUGCAAAUACGUCACGGAUGGGAUGGGCGUCGUCGGGGGUGUGAUGAUUAUAACGCCCAACAACAUCAUGUUUGACCCGCACAAGUCCGAUCCCGUGGUGAUCGAGAACGGCUGCGAGGAGUACGGUCUCAUCUGUCCCAUGGAGGAGGUUCUGUCUGUGGCGCUGUACGAUGACAUCUCACGAAUGAAACUGAAGGACGCGCUGCCGUCUGAUGAACCCCAGGAUCUCUGUCCGUUAUACAGGCCGGGAGAGUGGGAGGAGCUUCCCUCCGAGCAGGACCUCAACCCUUUCAGUCGCUACGAGGUGCUCGGACCUCCCAGCCGUCCCAUCGUAUUGGAUGAUAUUGCAACGGCGGUGUCUGACAUCUCGGCGUGUCAAAUGGCAGAUAAAUCACCGUCAGAUGAAGGAUUUACUGAAUUAGAACUGCCACAGAGCGACUUUAACACUACCUGCCCCAGUCAGGAGGGAGCGUCAUUUCACCAGAACUAUACACUGAGAGACACGAGGAACCCAUCGUGCUCAGACCAAAAAGCAGAAGAUGAAGGACUCUAUCAUCGGUCCACAGAGGACAGCGGGGUGUUACUUCAGUCGGUUUCAGAUGGGAUACGUGAACCUGACGCGGCGGUGCAUGAUGGGAAUGAGGUUAAUAAAAACGUGAGCGAAGGGGCGGUGAAAGAGGAGACCGCAUUGGACGGAGGCUGUGCUGAAGUUGAGACGCAAAAACACCAGAAAGAAUCAACAUCAGAUGGAGAGACUGCUGACGCUGAGAGACGCAGACGCACCAGUGAGACUGACGUCAAGUCAUGGCUGUUAAAAAGACUGCAGGGACCAAUCGAAGACAUGCUGCUGUCACAUGAAGAAAAGAGCAAAGCUCCGCCCAUGUUCCUCUGCUUUAAAGUGGGAAAGCCAAUGAGGAAAUCCUUCGCCAUCGGUCGAACUUCAAGCCCCGCCCACUCAUUCAUCAGCAGGGGACGACAGCCUGAAUACUGGUUUGCUGUUCCACAGGAACGAGUGGAUCAUCUGUACUCAUUCUUCAUUCAGUGGUCUCCGGACACGUACGGUAAAGACGCUCAGGAACACGGCUUUGUGCUGGUGGAGAAAGAUGAGCUCAACAUGAUCGAUAACUUCUUUAGUGAUCCUGGCCCGCGCAGCUGGGAGAUCAUCACAAUAAACGAAGCAAAGAGACGUCAGAGUUUCAGCUUUGAGGACGAAGAUUCUCUGGAUCUCUUUCCUCUGCUGAUGGAUCCCAGUGUUCUUCUGGAGGACACACACAUUGAGAAGCUGGCCACACGUCUGCCGGCUCGGGUUCAGGGUUAUCCGUGGCGUCUGGUCUACAGUACUGUGAUACAUGGCACCAGUCUGAAGACUCUGUACAGAAACCUGCUGGAUGUGGACUGUCCUGUACUGCUGGUCAUCAGAGACAUGAACAAUCAGAUGUUCGGGGCGUUUUCCACUCAUCCCUUUCGAGUGACUGAGCAUUACUACGGGACGGGAGAGACGUUCCUCUACACCUUCUGUCCCGAGAUCAAGGUGUUCCACUGGAGCGGAGAGAACUCAUAUUUUGUGAAAGGGAACACUGACUCUCUUCAGAUCGGAGGAGGCGGGGGUCGUCUGGGUCUGUGGUUGGACGCUGACCUUGAUCACGGCACCACGUCCAGAUGUUCCACAUUCAACAACCUGCCGCUGUCCUCCAAACACGACUUCAUCGUUCAGAACCUGGAGGUUUGGGCGUUUGAAUGAGCCGCUGC